GCCAAUACAGCCGCUCCCUUGGCGCCAUUUUGGCCGCGACUGAUACUGGGACCAAUAUCGCGGGGGAAAAAAAUCAGAAUUACUUACUGCGAAAUCGUUCCCUCUUUUCUCUGGUCAGCGUCGGCAGUUGCAUCCCUCUUUCCCCAUUCUCACAUCUCGCGCCGGCGUUCCGUUAAUCCGUGGCUUGUGAGUGAAAUUACUAGGCCAGCGAGCAGCGAGAGAAAGAAUGGAGAUAGUUCGUCGUCCUCAACUCAAGUCUACUGCAAUCGAUCGCGGCGUUCCAACUCUUCCGCUCUACCGCUCGGCUCCAUCUCUCGAAGUCCGGCUUGAGGAUUUCGAGCUCUACGCCAUAGAUCGACUCCGAGUCCUCACGGGCAUUUCCGAUGGAUUGUCUCGCGGGAAGAGGCCCGAGGAAAUGGAGAAACUGGUCGCUGAACUGUGGAAAGCGAACAUGAGGCAUCCCCAAGCAUCGGAGGUCAUGAACAAGGAUAUCAUCUCUCAUUUCGUUCUCCGCCUUGUCUACUGUAGAACGGAGGACUUACGGAAGUGGUUUCUUUCCAUGGAGACGGCUCUAUUCCGCUAUAGGUUCCGCCUUCAGACGGCUGAAGCUCAGAGGGCUGUAUUGGCUGAGUUUCAACUUCCUUACAAGGCAGUCACUACCUCAGAGUUCGAGGUUAUAAAGGACAAAUUGACUCUAGUUGCCCGUUCAAUCAACCAAACUUUACCUACAGCUGAUGCUAUAUUUUACAAGGUUCCAUUUCAAGAAGUUCCCGAACUUGUGGCUGGUCGUAGAGUUUUCCUAAGCGAUGGGUAUGCGUAUGUCGCCAUGAAUCAGGUCGUGUCUCUUGUGGCCACUCAGUUUCGAAGUCUUCUCUCAAAAGCGCUCACUCUAACUAACAGGAAAUGGAUGUCUACCAUUAGAGAACAGGAGAAGGAUAGGUUAACUCCUAUCGUGGAAGCCUUAUCAACGAGCUACGUGGGUCCUGACUAUUCUGUGGGAAGGGAAUUUGGUGAGGUGUCGCUGAAAGACAUCGACAAUGUGGCCAAGAGCUCGUUUCCCUUGUGCAUGCGCCAUCUAUUUGACAAACUCAGAGAGGAUCAUCAUCUCAAGCACUGGGGGAGAAUGCAAUUGGGUCUCUUUCUCAAGGGAGUUGGGCUGAAGUUGGAUGAUGCGCUUGCUUUCUGGAAGGCAGAGUUCUCUCAAAAGGUUGGAGCAGAGAGGUUUGACAAAGAAUAUGCAUACAGCAUUCGGCACAAUUAUGGCAAAGAAGGGAAGAGAGUGGACUAUACACCUUACUCAUGUCAAAAGAUCAUCUCCUUAACUCCUAGUGUAGGAGAUCAUCACGGAUGUCCUUAUCGUCAUUUUAGCGAAGAGAACAUAAGAGCGGCACUGUGUAAGAUGGGAGUAAACAGUGGCGGGGUGGAGGAUGUGAUGGACAAAGUGCGCCAUAAGCACUAUCAGUUAGCAUGCACGUUAACAUUCGAAGCCAUCCAUGGCUGUCCAAACGACGCUGGAAUUAACCAUCCCAAUCAGUACUUCAGCGACAGCCAGAAGAUACUAAAGUCCAAGGUUCCUUCGACCGCUGAGUAGCUUUUGGGAAUUGUGAUUACGUUGUUUAGAUCAUCAGGUGUUUCCAGGUAUGUUGUUCUAAUUUACUUGAAGCACCGAACAUAUCUGUUUCAUCCUUGUUAUUGGAACGUUGUUCCCUGCAAUUGUUGCAUGUGUAAUCAUUAGAAUCAACGUUAAGGGCCGAAAUAUGCAGGAAUUGAUCCGUGAUCUCACUUAUUAGAAGAGAUGUGGGGAGUAGAAGUGCAAGCAGGCCAUGUGUUGUACUUUUGCACCAGUGACUGUUGGGCGUAGCUUAAGAUUAGUUGGCUGUUGAUGGCUUGGGGUGGUUAAACUGAAGUUUACUUACUCUACGUUGGUAAUACGCAAAAUAGAAUCUGCGUCUGAUUCCAACCAACCUUGGGACACCUGACAGGCAAACUUCAGCUUAACGUCCUCUAAAAGGAAAAGCCUAACCAGUAACCACCUGAAUCUUUAAUAAGUAGCUUUUAACUGCCGACUGUUUGCAUUAGGCGUUCCUGUUGGGGUAUGUUUGGUUUCAGGCUUUCGGCUAUUCAAGGAUAGGUUCACACCCACUAUUUGCAUUCUAUUAGCUGAGAUGUAUGAAACACACUCUGCAAAGAAACUGUGUUUAUUUAUUGUAUGUAUUUUAUAUCGCACCGCAUCAUGACCCAAACUAACCGGUG